UUUAAAUAUAUUUUUGACGCGUUCAUUUGGCAUUCUGUUUUUCUUUUAUUUCACUAACAUUUUCUUUAUUCUCUAUUGUUUGAUUUUUUCUUUGUUGCAGAAUUUCCGUUUCUUUUUAAUUUUCAGUAUAUCCAAAUAAUCUUUAAUGGUUCCUCACCCUUUUUCCAGUUUCCUUCUCUUUUUAUUUAAUAAACAUCAAGGAUCUCAAAGUUUUGCUUCUCUUCCACUUGAAAUUGUCUUUCAAAUUUUUGAUUUCAGUUCACCCAAGGAUCUUGCAAAUAUUUGUGUUCUCAAUCGUCUUCAUUUUAACAGAGUGUCGGCAUAUUUAAAUUCUGAGCGAUUUGUUGUUCGGUUCCGAAAGAUUUUUUCUUCAGCAGCCAAGGAGUCCAAUUCUGAUUUUCCUCCAAAUGAUUUUGGUAGGUAUUUUAAAUUGUUGAUGGCUCCUUUCCUUCUUGUAUUCUAAAUACGUUGUUGGGGUACUUUUGUAUUUAUGGGAACUUGAGGAUGAAUUAACUUGCAAUUAAAUUUUGUACUUUUGCAGCUCGUUUGAUCCGGUUAUGCUGUUUAUUGAGAGGAAAGGCUCCUAAUGCUAUUAGUUGUUCAAAUUUUAUUAUUCAACUCUAUCAAAAAAUUGAUUCCUACGACAAAGAUUAUUGGGGUAAAUUGAUAACGAAGAUUUCUUUUGAUUGGUCUCAAUCGCAUUUUAUUUCUUUUAUGAUUAUGUUUGCCGAGUCUACCGGUCUAUUAACUCGAGUUCGCAAUUUCUUCAGGUCCAAGAAAAAUAAUGAAGUUGAAGAAAUGGCUUUGCGGCGAGCAAUUUUGGCGCUUUUUUUAAAUGAUUGUUCA